CAUUACCCCCGCUCCUUCACCGCAUUUAACACCACCACCUCAAAACGGCAACUGCAUGACCUCCACCACCUCCACCUCCUCCUCUUCACUCCCAAGAACUCGCAAUCGCCACCGCCGCCGCGGCGGCGCAGCUUGAUACCGGCGGCGCGAGAGGAAGGCGGAGGAGGGAGAGAGAAAUGGGCAACUGCCAGGCGGCGGAGGCGGCGGCGGUCGUCAUCCAGCACCCCGGCGGGAAGGUGGAGCGGCUCUACUGGCCCACCACCGCCGCCGACGUCAUGCGGGCCAACCCCGGCCACUACGUCGCCCUCGUCAUCCUCCGCAUCUCCGCCGACAAGGCCGCCUCCGCCGCCGCCGCGGGGGACAACAAGACCAACGCCGGUGGAGCCACCGGCGGCGGCGGAGGCGGCGCCAAGAUCACCAGGGUCAAGCUCCUCAAGCCCAAGGACACGCUCCUCCUCGGCCAGGUCUACCGCCUCAUCACCUCCCAAGAGGUGACGAAGGCGCUGCGGGCGAGGAAGAACGAGAAGAUGCGGCGGUGCGAGGCCAUCAGGCAGCAGCACGAGCAGCUCCGGCGAGGCGACCCGCUCGCUGGCGUAGCCGAGGAGGAGGAGGAGGAGGAGAGCGCCUCCGACGAUCAGGACGGGAAGAGGGACCGGCACCGGAGCUCCGGCGCCGGCGCGCCGCCGGCCGCCGGCGGCAGAGGCCGGCACUGGCGGCCGUCGCUGCAGAGCAUCUCCGAGGCCGCGAGCCAGAGCGGCGGCGGCGGCGGCGGCAGCAGCAUCUCUGAAUCCGCCGCAAGAUGAUUCCCCUGUUUGGUGCUGUAUUGUCUGGUUUUCUUUUCUUUUUUUUUCUUUCUUCUUCUUUUCUUUUUUUUCUUUUCUCUCUUAGUAUAAAGUGCUUGGAAGUUGGAACUACCUCCAAAAGAAAGCAGAAAAAAUUGUAAAUCAGAGUAAUCAGAGCAGGAUCAAUAGGAAGGAAAGCUUGUUUCAUCUCUCAUGUAAUUUGCAUGGUGAAAAACUGAAACUUCAGUGUGCAAUUGGGGUUCAGUGAUUUGCAACUCUGAAGCUUUACCUGAACAGAAGGAGAUUCAGAAAGCAUCCCAA